AUGACAAGCGGUGAUGUCGAAUAUCCCUUUGUCGAUGCAGCAGGGAACAAAAUUACAAAAGGGAGGAAGUACAAGAUUGCCACUCCUGAUGGCUUUCGAAUUGGAUUAGGCUACCUAGAUGGCAUGCCCGGCCAAAUCCUCGGAGUAGGACCUGCUGCUUGUGGCCUGUGUUUUUAUGUUAAAUGUGAUGAGUGGAAGAAGGGCGACAUUGUCAAGCUUUACUACACCAACGGAGUCACGGAGUUCGUUUGGACAAUGGUUCCGCAGCGAGAUUACCUCCAGAACUACAUCAUGUUGGACUACGAGGGCAUGGAUCAUCAAGACAUAACCGCCCUGCAAGUGGGUAGGUCUCUCUGGCUAUCAAUGAAUAAUCUCGCCUUGCAAGGUAAAACAAUUUGCAAGGAGCCGAAUAUUAUGCCAAUCAAUUGCCGGUCUACAUACGGCCCGAAUACAGAUGAGCUGUAUAGCUUUGAAUGCACCUUUGUGCCCGUGCCUCGGCCCUGA